AGCAAUUUGAGGCCUUCCCGGUGGCGUUGUUUAGACCGACAAGACGUGUAAACUUUAAUGUAAAUUGCUUUUCUUAUACGUUAACCAUGCCGUAUGCUAACCAGCCAAUAGUGAAGAUCACAGAACUGACGGAUGAGAAUGUUAAAUUUGUCAUUGAGAACACCGACCUGUCGGUUGCGAAUUCCAUCCGACGUGUCUUUAUGUCAGAGGUUGCAACAAUAGCUAUUGAUUGGAUUCAAAUUGAUGCAAAUUCUUCUGUGAUCCACGACGAGUUUAUUGCUCACAGAGUGGGUCUUAUUCCCCUUACCAGUGAUGAUGUUGUGGACAAGAUGCAGUACUCCAGAGACUGUACAUGUGACGAUUUCUGCCCAGAAUGCUCUGUUGAACUGACACUGGACGUUCGCUGCACAGAGGACCAGACUCGCCAUGUGACCUCACGAGACCUGCUGUCCAACCACCCUCGAGUUAUUCCUGUGACCUCCAAGAGUCGAGACAAUGAUCCCAAUGACUAUGUUGAACAGGAUGACAUUUUGCUGGUGAAGCUUAGGAAGGGUCAGGAGCUGCGUCUCAGAGCUUAUGCCAAAAAGGGUUUUGGCAAGGAGCAUGCCAAGUGGAACCCUACAGCAGGGGUGUCCUUUGAGUAUGACCCAGACAAUGCACUGAGGCACACUGUUUAUCCACGGCCAGAGGAAUGGCCAAAGAGUGAAUACUCAGAGAUUGAGGAGGAUGAGGUGCAAGCACCCUUUGACCCCAAUGGAAAACCUGAGAGGUUCUAUUACAACGUGGAGACAUGUGGCUCACUGCGACCGGAGACUAUCGUCAUGUCUGCUCUGGCAGUGCUGAAAAAGAAACUGAGUGAUUUACAGACUCAGCUGAGCCACGAAAUCCAGAGUGAUGUCCUCACGAUCAACUGAGUCCUGCAGUUUUAGCCAGUUCUACACUGCUCAAAGAGAUCAGAAGCAGACCCAGUUCCAAAUGAUGGAUUUAUUUGAUGGUAGCAAAUUUGUGAUAUUGGCAGGAGAAAUGUUGAUCCAACCAUAUCAGCUCACCUACUGAUAUCGUCUGUUUCUACAUCAUCCACCAUAUUGUUUUGUCUACAUCUCCGCUUUGUAGAAGUUGUUUGUAGGAUUAUUAUUUUUUAAAUUGUAUUUUGUGUAAUGAACCUUUUUUUUCUUUUUUUUUCAAUAAACCCCCAUUUUCAUCCAG